AUGGCUUCGGCGAAGUCCACCUGGCACGCGACCCUUGAGGAACCUUUUGUUCAUCCAGACCGCGUGGCGCAACUGCAACAACCCGGCCAAAGUGAGGGUACGGCGACAAAUAUCAACCUUAGUUCUAGCGUGCCAGCAAAUCCAGAAGCCAUUGCAACCAGUAGCAACACCAACGGUCGACGACGCGAUGGCAAUGCUCACAUUAAUGACGUCUCUACAAUUGCAACUUCUACACACGCCCAUUUCUUCGAUUUGAAUGAUCACGCCAUUUCCGGGCAUCUAGCAGGAAUGCGUCUAUGGGAGGUCAACCUCCUCCUAAACAAAGCAAUCAGUAUGGCCAGAAAUCUCCCGAGAGGAGGCAUUCAGAGCUGGGUAUGCGCUGUCGGCCACGUGACAACCGGCGGUGUCAGAAUUCACGCUGGCACUGGUCCGGACUUAGCUCUGUUCAGAGAUAGUACGACUUUGCAACGAGAAAUCAAGGGUCUCUGUGACGAAAUACAGAGAGAUUACAUAGUCGAGAUGGACAUGGUACCUAUCACUGGCAUGGGAGCGCUCAAUGACUCUGUGAUCAAACGAGAGGUCAUCAUUCGUCUCUAUCAACUCAAUGCCAACAGAUUGGAAACGUUCAAUGCCUCAAGCGAGCUCCGAAAUGUGGACCGGAUUGGCAUGACGGAAGCACAGUACUCGCGAAUUGCGCUGAAUUUCAAGUACAAAGAUCUGGCUCGCGAGGCUGUUGACAAAGGCAUAUUUUGGGACGGCGUAGUCCGUACCUACAGCCUUCCACGCCUGUUACAGUCAGACCGUGCGAUCGAUGCCAGCAAAUUGGUCAUAACAACGGCAGCGGUUGCACAAAUCCAUGGUGUUGUUCCCGAUGUCGAGCUGAUGCUGAACACGACGGGCACGGAAAACAAUGAUGUUACUGGCAAAGAGGGUGCUAAAGUCAAUUCGCAAGCCGGAGGAACCACUAUUCCCGCUCUUAAGACACAAGGACCCCCUUUGCAGCUUAUUACUCCAGUCAGUGGGGCUGAUAUUAUGUCCGAAACAGAUUCAGUGGGUCAAUAUAUCUUAAAGCUACCCGUGGAGAAACCGCAGCUUAGCCCGCUUCAAAUAAAUACAGGCAUGCAAUCCGACGCACCGCCUUUAUUCGGCCGACCGUCAACGGUUAUAGUUCCUAUAUUUGGCCAGCCUACUUCUUCAAUGCCACUUAAUGUGCCGGUCGCGCCUACGCUGAUGGGUGCUUCCGCCAAUGGAGAGCUUAGGGCCACUGGCAACCAAGCAUCCACCAACGAACAUGACUACGCACUUCUGGUGAAAGACCUCGAGGCUUUGAAGCAGAAAGUCCUCUCCGGGCGACAUCAAUCCAACGCCUCCCAGUCGGCAUUCUUCAGCAACAACAACACGUCAAACUUCGCCGUCGAAAGCCUGAGAUCGACCCUCGAAGCUCCUCUGAAGGAGCGACAAGUCCUCAAAACCACAGCCACGUCAACUGGAGAAGGCGUAUUUAAGAAGCCGCUCGUCCCUGCAUCGGCUCGCCUCGAGCGACAGAACUCCAGUCUGAAGCGCAAGGCUUCUGGAACCGCAAGUGGAGAUGACGUGGCGAGAUACAUUCCUCCUCAUAAACGGGCACGCACCGAGGAGCCUGGCGAUGGCGGAGGUAGGGCGGGGUGGAAUCGGUGA